AUGGGAAAUUCGGAGAGCAGGGCGUUGGUAUCAGACUACUUGGAUGAGCUCGGUCAGUGUGACCUUGCGGUGGAUGCUGAAGCUGCACCUAUGAAGGAGGAGUUUUGGACUACUAUAUUUGGUACGCCCUUGAGCAUCGAGGAAAUCUUUGAAAUCAUCACUCCGGAGUGGGUGAGGAACCUCAGAGAUGAGAAGCCUUAUAAUAUGCAGUUCUUAUUGAGGAAGAUAAUAGAGAAGUUGGAGGAGGUAUGUGCGACGGGAUUGGUGCAAUCGGAAGAGGUGGACGAAGGGUCCCAUGAGCUGACCCAAGGCCAACGGAGUGAGGCCUUACAGUGUGUUCGGCUGUUAACAAGGAUAGCCCCAUUCCUAUUGGAAGAUGUUGAUGCUGAGAGCUGCUUGGCCUUGCUAUGGCAUUCGGGAGGGUUAGUCGUGAGGAACAGGGGAGAGUCGGUAGUAGUCGAGCCUGCAUCUCCAUCAGUCGAGGAAGCGGCGGGGGAUGAUGGAAGUAGCGUGACGUCGAGUGUGGAGGAUGUGGCUGAUCUUGGGAGGGCACCGCUUAUGUAUAGGAUGCUCAGGGCUCUGCAAUGGUCGUUGUUUCUCAAGGACUUCACCGUCCUCAUACCACAAGUAGGUGCUUCCUUGCCUCUACCGACUCACAGAGUGGACUCAAGAUUCGUUUGGAGAGGGGGAAUCGGAACUGCUAAGGAGCUACCAGUGAAUCAGAAUAAUGAGAUCAUGAGUGCUCGCUGUGAGGUCCUCAAGUGUCUCCUCACUGUGCUCAGUGAACCUCUUUUCCAGCCCAUAUCAUCCUACUCCUCGAAUCCUUCCAGAGUGCUUCUCACAUUCUGCAGCGGCGACCUGCCUUAUACAGCGAAUCUAUACUGCAGUCUUAUGAGCACUGUGGUGGCCUACGAUCCGAGAGGAUAUGGCGUCCCAUACGGCUCGGCGUUCUCUAGUGGAAGUCAGGAGGCUUUGGUGGAUCUGUCCUUACAGGUGAAGGUCCCAGGUUCGAACCCUGGUGCGGGCACUUACUUCAAUCCCUCACCGGAGAAUACUGGAUCGGAGAUGGUGAAAACCCAUCGUACCGGGACUGGCUCUGAGGAUGACAGUAACAACUCGAUAUCCGAGAGCUCCAACCAAGAGGAGUCGGCUGCACGCAGAAGGUUUUCCUCGUGUGCCUUCCCUCUAGCUGGUCCGGAUGAUGAUGCUUCCAAGCCUCGUAACGUUUAUAGAAUAAUGGCUAGAGGAGUUCAGAAGACUGGUGAACUGGACUUCAUGGUGCCAUUCUACCAGGAGGCUCUCAUAUUGUUGUGGCACUUGAUUACCAUCAACUCAACCUACAGGAAGAGGCUCUGUAUUCGCCAUACUGAAGACUCUUCUGUGACACUCGUCACUGCAAAAUGUCCAAUGUUGUUGUUCAUGGGAUCAUGUUAUGCCCAAGCUCCCCAGAUUCUCCAUCCCCUCCUGGACCUUCUAGUGUCAUCUCGAAACUCUCAAGCCAAAAUAGGUCUCCUUCAUAUGUGCAGUUUUAUCAUACUUGUUCUGAGCAGCGAUCGCGACUUUGCAGUUGCUUUGAAUGCGCCCUUCAGGGGUAGCCGCAUCCAGGAUGUUCCCGUGUUCACCGGCACUUGGGCGGAUCUGAUGACUUUGAGUAUUUAUCGAGUCGUGUCGGACGCGUUGUUUGUCGCUGCCACGGCUAAGUCCCCGACAACAGGGGCUGAGAGUUUGAUAGAUAUGAUGCUCACUUCCCUCUGCAACAUCUCGGCGUAUGUGAGGAUCUUCUGCCUCGAGUCAUGUAUAAAGAUCCUCAAUCUUGUGGAACGGUUUUCGAAGCCCCACUGGUUGUUCAAAGGGCCUCUCAACCACAACGCUAUAUUCUUCCUCGUCGAGAGCCUCAACAAUGUGAUCCAAUACCAAUACGAGGGGAACCACCAACUGGUGUACUCGGUCCUCCGACAUAAAGAGGUCUUCGACUCGCUCAAGCAGUUGAGGCUGCCUAAGUCGAGCCCUUCAACCUCUACAGUGCCCUCUAUCGUUGAAGAAUCGUCGAUGGAAAGCGACAAUGCUGCUGCAGGUCAGGAAAAGAGCUCACAGGAGACUAGUGAGUCCUGUACGGUCGCCCCCCUCUCGUUCACAGUACAUGGCCUAGGCGCACAACAAUCAGUGAAUGAAUUCGACGAGUAUGGCAGAGCUGUUGGCAGCCCAGAAUCACGAGUAAAGAAACAGACAGCGCUGAUGCAUCAGGCAGCAGGCGCUAGUGGCGAUCCUUCUGUUGCCGAGGACAAGUGGGUCCCGACAGAUGCGUGGCUAGAAGAAUGGAAGAACAAAUUGAUGCAGAAAAUGGAAGCUAUUUAUCGUCUUUUCAACGCUCUGUAUCCCAAGAUUGCUUCGGAAUGCGAAUCUGAAGGUGUAACGGACCAGAAUGGUGUGUUAGAGCUGCUUAAGGAUACGACCAUGGUCGGGAUCCUCCCCGUGCCACAUCCAAUAGUCAUCAGAACCUACCAGCAGAAUGCCUAUACACAGCUCUGGUUCACGAGCUAUCUUUGGGGUGUCAUUUUUACGAGGUCCCAGGCAUUGCCGUUGUACGACUGGAAGAAGAUUCAGCUUAUUUUGAUCAAUCAGUAG